CUUAAUACACGAGAGAAGAGAGAAACUAUACAGGAUACGACUUUAAGCUCUAUCCCAUCGUCAGGUUGCACCAAAGCAAUUGCAUUGUGUUUUAUGUUGUGGUGGUUGAUAGGAGAGAGGAGUAGUGAGUGGAUCAAUCUUCUUUUACCAAGUUAACUCACUCAAUUUCCCAUCAGCCUCAACCAACUUAACAAAACUGUAACAAACUGAACAGAGUAAACUAAAUAUCUUUAAGACUAAUAAAAAAGUAAAUCGACUCUUUAAUAUCUUGAGUGGUUUGGUUGGUUCCAUCCGAGUGAUAAGUACGAAAGACUGUUAUUAGUAGAAGACCACACCACCAAAAUAAUUUAUCCGACAUGCCGAUAACUCACCAACAACCAUCCAAAGGAAAGAUUAAGGGGGAGGAGGAGGACUAAUAAAAAUAUUGGAUAAAUAUUGUUUUUUUUACGGGGAAAAGUACCAACGGGAAAAUGGAGUCCAAUCAGAGGAGGACGGAGUAAUAAAUCGACGACCAGGAAUAAAUUGGAGAGGAGAAAGGACGACAUUACACUCACUCACCGAUUUGACCACUUAUGAACUUACACCUUUAACUGGUCUGGUGGUGAUUGAUUCUCGAGUGUGUUGUUGUUGGCUGCUUUAUCUGCACAUGAGAAAGCGUUGGCUCGUGAUUACACUAGAUAAGCCAAAGUUAUAAGUUGUGUGCUAUUAUUGUUACGAGUAAAAAAAAUACAUUGCAGAUCCCAGUGAAUGAAUGGAACAUUAGUUUGGGCAGAAAACUCAUCACGUUUGAGAGUGAGUUUCCGUAAUCAGUCAAACAAACCAAAGGCCAAGCUAAUGUCACAAAAUUGUAGGAACAUAAUCUCCUCAAAUAUUAUAUUUUGUAUGGGAAAAAUAAGAUAACAAGAACUCUUUGUGGUGGUUCCGUGUUAAUAAUUAUUUCCCACUCGGCGUAUAGAGUCAUUUUUUAGUGUAGUAGUUGUCUUUGUGAUAUAUACAUACAUAAAAUUAUACAUAAUGUUGCAUUUAUUAUAACCAAAAGUGCGUUUAUUUAUUGUGCUCGAAAGUAGUAAUUCUCCAAUAUUAGGAGAUUGUGGUUAAGGAGAAAUAUUCGAGAAAAAGUGGUUGUGAAAGUCAUCCAAAGUUAGCAUUUGUAAGAUUGCGUUAUACUUAUUAAAUAAGAAGAGCAGCUCAUCUCUCUAAUUGCAAAACCUAAUUUCUACUCAGAAACUUAGCAUUUCUUAAAAUUAUACAUAUACAAGAACGAAAUGCAUUAUUUUGAUGACAAGGAUCCAAUUUUGGUAGGAUUGUCAAAGAGAAAGUAGCGAGAGAAGAGCAACACGCCGAAAACUAUAUCUCUGAUUUUCAGUGAUAUUGAAAUAUGAGUACCAGCAGCACCCAGGACUAUCAAUGGGCCUACGCCAUCAUGGACUCAUCCCGAGUGUCCACAUUUCUUAUAUCCAUCCUUCUCAUAGUUUAUGGAAGUUUCAGAUCGUUAAACAUGGAGCAGGAGGCUCGUGAAAGGGAGAAAGAGAAGGAAUUGGCCAAGCUGACUGGAAUUGCGAACAACAACGAAAGCAGUAGGUUUCUUUUUUUAGCUACAUUUGGUCUAGAUGUACAAACCUUGGAUACUAUGCAAGCGCUGUGUCUACCACUGGGGGCUUCCAUUUCACUCCUCGUCAUGUUCUUCUUCUUCGACUCUAUGCAAAUGCUUUUCGCAAUAUGCACGGCAGUUAUCGCAACAAUAGCUUUAGCAUUUCUCCUCCUUCCCAUGUGUCAAUACAUAAUUCGACCCUGUUCUUCCGGGAAUAAAAUAUCAUUCGGAUUUUGUGGGAGGUUUACUGGAGCAGAACUGAUGUCAUUUUCCCUUUCAAUAACAAUAGUAUGCGUUUGGGUUCUCACAGGGCACUGGCUCCUCAUGGAUGCCAUGGGUAUGGGACUUUGCGUUGCAUUUAUCGCAUUUGUGCGUCUACCAAGUUUAAAAGUGUCUACACUACUACUUACUGGUCUACUUCUGUACGAUGUGUUUUGGGUCUUUUUCUCAUCGUACCUCUUCAACGCCAACGUCAUGGUGAAAGUUGCCACAAGACCGGCUGAGAAUCCUAUGGGGUUGGUCGCCCGUAAACUACACGUAGGAGGAAUGUUCAGAAAUUAUGUACCUCCAAAGCUAUCUCUGCCCGGAAAAUUGGUCUUUCCAAGUAUGUACACUACGGGUCAUUUUUCCAUGUUGGGUUUAGGAGAUAUCGUGAUGCCAGGACUUUUAUUAUGUUUCGUGUUAAGAUACGACGCUUAUAAGAAAUCCCAAGCAAUUCAUUUGGGAGAAUUGGGGGUUCCUACUCCAAAUCAUUUAAGUAGAAUUAGUUAUUUCCACUGCUCUCUCAUCGGUUAUUUUUUAGGAUUAUUAACCGCUACCGUUUCCAGCGAGGUUUUCAAAGCAGCACAACCAGCUCUUCUAUACCUUGUCCCCUUCACGUUGCUACCACUGUUGACUAUGGCAUACUUAAAGGGGGAUUUGCGGACCAUGUGGAGUGAACCAUUUAUAAAUCAUGUCCCAUCAAAGCAUCAAGACGUGUGAUUCCUAAUUUCCUGCUGCUGCUGCUGCUGCUCCAACAACCAACACAUUACAUAAAGCCGACUCUUGAACAUGACUCAAUUCUGUUCAAUUCUUGAACUUGUAGUUUCUGGCAGCUUUUGAUCAACUUCCUAUCCAAUAUCUCUACUUACUACGUACCUACCUGCAAGCCAAUCUACUACCUAUAUAUCGACAUCAAAGAAGAACAAAUCCCUAAGCUAAGUGUGUAAAGGAAGAAGAAGAAGAAAAAGAAAGCAAUUUAGAGUCGACCGACCCAUCAGUAUUGCAAUAUUCAACUCUACUCUCCACUCCGACGACUACUGCCCAAUUCGUGAAGUGAAGGAUUUUAUAUUAUUAAAAAACCGCAAGAAGAAGCAAAACACAAGAAGAAUCUCGGCAUGUAAAGCGCUCGACAGAUGUGAUAAUUUCGAAAACCCUGCUCGUUUUCGACCAACAAAUAUUUUUAAGUUACCAAAACAUGACAUGAUCAUAAGUUUGUCUCUCCUCCUCCUCCUCGUGUGUAUAUUUAACCUACGCGUCCCUCAUCAUUCAUCAUCAUCAUCUCCUCACACCACUUAAUCGAAGACCACUUAACCAGAAAGAGAAAGUCUUAAACCCUACUUGAUUUCGACGAGUUGAAAAGAAAGGAAACUGUUAUUAUCCAGACAUCACCACCACAUAGCAUAUUACGCCCGUUUAUAUAAAUAUAUAUUCAAACCUACCCGUGGAUCAUGUCUUUUUUGUUUUUUAGGUUUUGGGUAAAAUUUGUUUGUUUAAGAAGACAUGAUUAAUUUGUGACAAGUAAUUUAAUACUCGUUUGUUUGUACUCGUACCUUGCUCUGAGUGCUGACUUGAUUGGAGUUGUUGUACUACACAUAUCUCAUACCGUUGUGUUUUUAUUUGUAGUAGUAACAAUUUGCUUAAAACUCGUUUGACCUAUUUACCCAAGUACGUACAUUCGUACAUACGUACAUCCAAAAGUGGUGUGUGUGCAAGCAAGCAGAGGCGGAUGUUUGGAGCAUGGAGAGUUAGCUAAGCAACGCAAAUUAUUGCGACUCUCUCUCUCCUCUCUCUCUCUCUCUUUCAACCCACAAAAAAAACAACGACCGACCGAUGAUGCAUCACGUUUCUAUUCGGUGUGCCUAUUCGACGACGACCACGGCGACGUCAACAGUUGUCCUUCGGCCAUCGUGAUCGUCAUGUGUUUAUGAGUGAAGGGAAGAAGAAAGAAAGGAGGAAAGGCGAUAUCUCAAGUUGGAUGAUGAUGCAUGAGGCGACAAAAACCUCCACAAUUUCGCAAUACUACUAUCUUUCUUACCAUUAUAUAUAUAAGUAUACAUACAUACACAACAUGUAAAUAAGUCUGCAAAUUAAAGUCAUCUCCGCCGCCGCCGACGGCAUCAUCGCCUCUGUACAGGAAUUGAUUCGAUUUAACUCUAUAACUGAUAGAUAGAGAGAAGCGAUACUGCGUCGUAGUAUAUAAUAUUUUAAAUCUUAAAAAAUGUGUUGUUGUUAUAUAGUGCAUUCUCAUAAGAAGGUCCUCCUCCUCCUACUUAAGUUUCUUUCUUAAUUUCCACAUUGUUCAGAUUUUACGAUACACAAAUGUAUGUAAAAGUAAGAUGACAUUUUUGUUACAAUUUGUAGUCCUUGAAAAAGAAAGAUUAAAAAAUGGACGUAAAAAUAA